UCUAGUACAAUGUGCAAAUGGAAAGUGACUAAGGGUGCUUCAGCCUGGUUUCAUCUCUCCUGCCUCUCUCUCCUGCUGGUGUUACUCCUCUGCUCGCUGCCCGUCGCCUGUCACGAUGAUGCCCAAAGGACCCCGCGAACGCCCCGUACCGCCAACUCCUCUGUGGUUGUGGGGCGGCAUGUGCGUAGCUACAGCCAUCUCCAGGGAGAUGUACGCAAGAGGAAACUCUUUUCCUUCCAGAAGUUCUUUCUCAGGAUUGAUAAAAAUGGCAAAGUCAAUGGGACCAAAAGCAAAGACGACCCAUACAGCAUACUCGAGAUCAAGUCUGUGGAUGUGGGCAUCGUUGCCAUCAAGGGGAUUAACAGCAAUUACUACUUGGCAAUCAAUAGAAAAGGAGAGUUAUAUGGGGCGAAGGACUUUGGCGAUGACUGCAAGUUGAUAGAGAGAAUUGAGGAGAACAGGUACAAUACUUAUGCAUCUGCUGAGUGGAAGCACAAGAAGAGACCCAUGUUUGUGGGAUUGAGUGCCCAGGGCAAGCCGAUGAAGGGCAAAAAGACAAGAAGGAAAAACACAGCCACACACUUUCUUCCCAUGCCCAUUUAA